CUUCCAAGCUUCAAUUCCCCCAAACACAUGAAGAUGGGAAGACAACACCUAUCCUCGCUUGCAUUGCUACUACCAAUCCUCGCCAGCACAACAAAUGCGGCUUCAGAUGCUGCCCGGCCGCGGGGAGUAGGUCCUGAGUAUGCAAAGUACUACAAAGACACGGACACAUUCACGUGCAUCUCGGACCCCUCGCUCAAAAUCCCCUUCGCCCGCGUUAACGACGACUACUGCGAUUGCCCCGAUGGCUCAGACGAACCAGGAACCUCCGCAUGUUCCUACAUCUCGCCUCUCUCCCCACCUCAGCUGCAGACUGGGGACAAUUUAUCCUUGCCUGGCUUCUACUGCAAAAACAAGGGUCACAUGCCCAGCUAUAUCCCCUUCACGCAUGUCAACGACGGAAAAUGCGACCACGAGCUGUGCUGCGACGGAAGCGACGAGUAUGCGGGCAUUGGGGGCGUCAAAUGCGAUGACAGGUGUGCAAAGAUUGGCAAGGAGUGGAAAAAGCAGGAGGAAAUUCGGCAGAAGAGCAUGAAUGCUGCGAGACAGCGGAGGAAGGAACUGGUCGCUGAAGCCGCGCGACUGCAGCUGGAGGUCGAGGAUCGUAUCAAAACACUUCAAACACAGAUCGAAGGUCAGACCCAGAAGGUCGAGGGCCUCACAAGGAGCCUUGUGGAGAUCGAGAGGGCGGAGAAGGGCAAGAUAGUCAGAGGUGCGGGCGGAGGUGGGAAGGUCACUGUGCUGGCUGGCCUGGCCAAGGAAAGAAUUCGGGAAAUCGUUGAGAAUGUGAACAGAGUGCGCAGCGAGAGAGACGCGGCGCAAGGUAGAGUGGAAGAGCUGGAGGCUAUGUUGAAGCGCUUCAAGGAGGAAUACAACCCCAACUUCAAUGAUGAGGGUGUGAAACGCGCGGUCAAGGCCUGGGAAGACUAUGCCGCACAGGACAGGACCGGACCUGAUGUUGCUCGCGACCGCGACCUUGACGAAAUCCUCAGAGAUGACUCUGAGAGCGCUAUCAAGUGGGAAGAGUUUGAGACUGUUGAGGAAACCGACGUCGACCUCCUCUUCCAAUUUGAAGAAUACCUCCCUGCAUCCAUUCGUACAUGGGUCGACGCCAAACUCCGCGACCUGCGCCUCCUCCUAAUCGAAAAUGGCGUCCUCGCCGACCCAAACAGCGAUAGCCCCGAAUCCACAGCCGUCACCAGCGCCAAGGCACAGCUCAAAUCCGCGACCCGUGAGCUUGAUGACGACAAAUCAGAACUGAAAAGGCAUGAAGAAGACCUGCUCAAGGACUACGGCCCAGACUCGAUAUUCCGCGCUCUCGCCUCUACAUGCGUGAGCCAAGAUUCAGGCGAGUACACAUACGAGCACUGCUUCCUGGAGAAAGUCACGCAAAAGUCGAAGAAAGGCGGUGGUCACACACGCUUGGGCAGCUUUGUCCGUAUUGAGCUUGUGACGGUAGAUGAUGAGGUUGCGCCUGACGGACGCGGUCUAGGGUCAGGAAACAGAAUCGCGCUCAAAUAUGAAAAUGGUCAGCACUGCUGGAACGGACCGAAUAGAAGUACACAAGUCAUUUUGGCCUGUGCGGAGAAGGAUGAGAUUUGGAAGGUGGUGGAGGAAGAGAAGUGUGUCUAUCGCAUGGAGGUUGGUACACCUGCGGUUUGUGGGGUUGAAGUGGGUCCACCGACAACACCUGAGCAUAACGAGCUCUAGAGGGGCAUGGAGCAAAGAGCUUGAGGGGUCUGCAGUAUACUCUAGAACCCUUGUCAGACACCGUUGACGACGUUGACCUUGAACUCGAGCUGUUGCUAGCGGAGUCUAGCGCCUGAUGACGAAUAUAACGAUGCAGAAAGGAAAUGAUUGAUAAACGUCGCAAUAUUGGCCCCUGACACGAUCUUCGACAAUGAAGAUCUUCCAUAAGAGUGAGCAUUGGCUCUCUGUUCUUGGACCGCAGAUCCGGCUUCUCGUGAUGUAAAAUGCAUCGGAAACAAGCCGAGACUUGGCAUCGCUGACCCGGAAUAUCAACACUUGUAUAGAUUACUUAGUACAUGGUAUACCUUGCUGCAGGGU